CCUAAAUCCUUGUCGGAAACUGCUCACCUCACCCACAGUAAUAUACAGUUACCACACGUCCGGCACUAGUUUAACCGUUUCAACUAACCCUGCCAUCGUACGGUAAAAACCCACAAACACAACCAAGUCAUUUAGCCAAGCCAGGCAGGUCCUCUUAACCCAACCUACAUGUCAGCCGCGCCACAUAACUCUCUUUCUCUCUCUUUCUUCUCUGCAACUUUCUAUCUUUCUCUGUCUAAAGAAAGAGUCCUUCGUGGAGACUGGAGAGAGAAGACGACCAUGGCAUUUCACUAAGCACUUGCCCAGAAUCCACACGAUAAGCAAAAAGAAAAAAGGGUGCUUUUUUAUCAAGUGGGCGACUGAGAUCUAGUAGUCUGAAAUGGAGGAUCAAGAAAAAGGAGCGUUGGUGGAGAGUUUGAUAGAGACAGUGAAUGAAAUAGCAUCGAUUUCAGAGUAUAGAAGUACGGUGAAGAAACAGUACUGCAAUUUAGCAAGAAGAUUGAAGCUAUUAAUACCAAUGUUUGAAGAGAUUAAAGAAAGUAAAGAACCAAUUCAAGAACAAACUUUCAAAGCUUUACUUGCUUUAAAAGUUGCUCUGCAUUCCGCUAAAGAUUUGCUUCGUGAUGGCAGUGAAGGCAGCAAGAUUUACCUGGUCUUGAAGAGGGAACAAAUUAUGGAUAAAUACCAUGAGGUGACAGCUCAAUUGGAACAAGCCCUAAGUGGAAUUUCAUAUGAAAACCUUGACAUAUCAGAUGAAGUUAAAGAACAGGUUGAGCUUGUCCUUGCUCAGUUCAGAAGAGCCAAAGGGAGGGCUGAUACUCCUGAUGUUGAGCUCUAUGAAGAUCUCUUAUUGCUUUUCAACAAGAGUAAUGAUGCAGCAAUAGAUCCAGCUGUCCUAAGAAGAUCAUCUGAGAAGUUACAGUUGAGGGGCAUAGCUGACCUAACACAAGAAUCACUAGCUCUGCAUGAAAUGGUUGCUGCUACUGGUGGUGAUCCCGGUGCAAAUAUUGAGAAAAUGUCGAUGCUGUUGAAGAAAAUUAAAGAUUUUGUGCAAACAGAAAACCCCAACAUGGAUGCUCCUGGAAGAGAGAAGAACCUCCCUCCAAGCAGCAGUGGACAAACUUCCACUAAUACAAAUCACAAGGCCCCAGUUAUACCAGAUGACUUCCGAUGUCCAAUAUCUUUGGAAUUGAUGAAAGAUCCUGUUAUUGUUUCAACUGGGCAGACGUAUGAGCGUUCGUGCAUUGAGAAGUGGCUGGAAGCAGGGCACGUUACAUGUCCAAAGACGCAACAGAAUCUUAAUAGUACUGCUCUCACACCCAAUUAUGUACUACGCAGCCUCAUAGCUCAGUGGUGUGAAGCAAAUGGCAUGGAACCACCAAAACGACCCAGCAGUUCUCGAUCCAACAAAACCACAUCUGCCUACUCACCUGCUGAACGUACAAAGAUAGAAAAUCUCCUCCACAAACUCACAUCUGGUAGCCCUGAAGAUCAACGAUCUGCUGCAGGUGAGAUACGUCUUCUUGCAAAGCGCAAUGCAGAUAAUCGUGUUGCUAUUGCUGAAGCUGGUGCAAUUCCUCUCCUUGUGGAUCUCCUCUCAACACCUGAUUCUCGGACCCAAGAGCAUGCGGUUACUGCACUUCUUAACCUAUCUAUAUGUGAAGAUAACAAAGGAAGCAUCAUAUCAGCUGGGGCUGUUCCUGGUAUAGUUCAUGUGCUCAAGAAGGGCAGCAUGGAAGCCCGGGAAAAUGCUGCAGCCACACUUUUUAGUCUUUCAGUUGUGGAUGAAAAUAAGGUUACAAUAGGUUCUUCAGGGGCCAUCCCCCCACUUGUGACACUUCUAAGUGAGGGUACGCAGAGGGGUAAAAAGGAUGCUGCUACUGCACUUUUCAACUUGUGCAUCUAUCAGGGGAACAAGGGAAAGGCAGUGAGGGCUGGGGUUGUGCCCACACUAAUGCGUCUGCUGACAGAACCUGGUGGUGGCAUGGUUGAUGAAGCAUUAGCCAUAUUGGCAAUACUGGCUAGCCACCCUGAAGGGAAGUCGGCCAUUGGAGCUGCAGAGGCAGUGCCGGUUUUAGUGGAAGUUAUUGGGAAUGGAUCUCCAAGAAACAAGGAGAAUGCAGCAGCAGUUAUGGUGCACCUGUGUGCUGGAGACCAAAAACAUUUGGCUGAAGCGCAGGAGCUUGGAAUAAUGGGGCCACUAGUAGAUUUGGCCCAAACUGGCACAGACCGAGGAAAGAGGAAGGCUCGACAAUUGCUCGAGUGUAUGAGCAGGUUUGUCGAGCAGCAAAAGCAAGCUCAGGCACAAGCUGAGGCGCAAACUCAGCAGCCACAGCCAUCAUCCACAGCGAAUUCUGCUGAUAGCUGACAUUUUUUGUUACACCAUUUUUCCUUAUUUUGGUCUUUUUGUUUCUUUUUAUCUACUUGAAAAGGCGGCCUUGGUUUGAAGGAAGAGGUGGAAGAUCACCUUAUAUAAGUUAAUUCAUUUGUUUGUGUGGGAUGAUGACUACACUUAAAAGAUACCAAAAAUAUCAAGGGAGAAAAAGAAAGGAAAGGAAGGAAAGAAAAGAAACGAAGAGUGAUCCUCUGCGACGCAUGGGACAUGUACUGUACCAUUAUAACAUGUAAUCAUCCUCUUGUUUUUUUUAUUGAAGAGAUGCUUCUUGUAUUUAAAUGAAAACAUGUAAGAUACCACGGUUCCAUAUUGAUCAAUGAAUGAUGGAAAUGGAGAAAUCAUCAGAAAAAUGGAAGACCUUCUAUUUUGCCAUCUGAA